UCUUUUCAAGAUCGUAUUUCUUGCGAGAGCAGACAGUCUAGCAGCCAUUGUUCGCUUGAAUGUAUGUUAAUCUAGAGCAUUGUAUUGACCGUUGGAUUGGAGUACAAAGACCUUAAAGCCACCGUAAAAUUAAAGGUUAUUAACGAUUCUAAUUGAGUUUUCUUAAUUAGAAGGAAGAGCAAUAGCGUUGUGUUGGAGGUCUGAGGUUUCGACCAGAGCACAACUCAUUAUAGAAUCAAGGUUAGAGCUGGUUUAAUUUUUUGCUAAGGACUGGGGUCGUUUGACGUUAAAAACUUGAAGCACUGAUAAGUAAACAAUACUUAUUGACAAAGCUGCAAAGACGGAAUCCUCUUGAUCACCGGCCCAUCAUGAUGGCAUUCCCGGUGUUGACGAUCUGCAAAGUUACUUACAAUAGUAUCGAACUAUCUUGGGAUGAGACCAACAAUAAUGACAAGAAAAAGAAUGUAUAUCACAUCCAGUUGAGUAAGGCAAGAUCUCGAAGCCCUUCUCCCGGAGCUCCUGCUCUAGAUCCCUUAACGAACUACCAAGGGUUCGGACAGCAUCAUGUCUUCAAGGGGCUCGAACCACAGACUGAAUACCUCUGUCGUGCGAGAUUUGUGGAAGAAGGUUUAGGCCAUGGAAGCGCUCGCUGGAGCCAGCCGAAGCAUGUGACAACAGCGAAAGAACCUCCUUCAGGAGCCGAACUUCAUAGAGCAGUCGGAAACAGAGACAUUGAGCAAGUGAAAAAGAUUUUAGGGGAAAAUAACUCGGUUGUGGAAGUGAUGGAUAAACAUGGGCUAACACCAUUGAUGUCAGCGGCGCAGAAAGAUUUCCUGGAUGUAAUGGAAACACUUCUAGAACUUGGAGCUGAUCCAAACUACAUGAACUCAAGCGGCAAGACUUGUAUGAUGAUCGCAUGCUACGCCGGUAAGGAAGAACCUGUCAAACUACUACGUGAACGAGGCGUGUCAUGGGACGCGCGUGACAGAAAUGGCUUGACCGCUGUCCACUGGGCUGCUGAAGGCGGGCACGAUGACUUGCUACUUGACAUGAUCCGUGAUGGGGCUCCUGUGGACGUGGAGUGUACUGCUAAUGGAUGGACGCCGUUAAUGAGAGUGGCUUGUGUUAAUGGGAAUUACGAUGUUGGGGAAGUCCUUAUUGCUAAAGGAGCUGACGUCAACAAAACUGAUAAGUCCGGUAAGACAAUUCUAAUGGCGGCAUCCAUGAAUGGCCACUUUGAUCUCGUACGGCUAUUGGUCGAGAAGGGAGCUGACGUCAUGUGCAAAAACAGAGAAGGAAAGACAGCCUUGGAAUUCGCUCAGUCAUUCGAGAGACACCGCAUCAUCAAAUUCCUUGAAUUCCAAAAUCAGAAAGAAGAGAAGCAAAGGAAAGCUAAACUUCUUGAAGAGAAGCAGAGACAGAUAAGGGAACAGAGUAAAAUUCAACUUGGAGAUGCAAAGGCCUAAGAUUACUACCAGCAGGAAUGGAACGGAAAACUGGACUGAACUGUAGAACGGUGGUGGGAAAAUCUUGAAAAAAGCACAAAUGCAUACGUAGGAUAUGGAAGACAAUAUAGGAUUUGUUCAGAAUCAUUGCACUUUUUAUAUAUUGGCACCGCAAUUUAGGGUUUGAUAACGGCUCUGUUAUAACAAGCGGUCCAAUAUUUGAUUCAACAUUUAGCAAACAUUCGUUGGCGGGUGUUUGUGUCGUGAAAAACCGUCAUGACAAACGAGCCCAACAGUCAUCCAACAUAUAAUACAUUAAAAAUGACAUCCAAACAUUGUUGGUAGACCACGACAAACAGUACCAACAUUUGAAUUACUAAAUGUUGGGUCAAAUAUUGGCUUAAUGAAAUCAACGAAGCUGCUAGUUCACGGAAAGAAAAAUAUCAACGAAUUGUUUGUACAAUGUUUUCAUAUCAAUUUGCAAUGGGCUUUUAAAAAUCGGAAUAAAAUGCCAAAAAGAGCUCAAAUGUUGUCCAUA